AUGAACCGCCCCUCUUUUGUGGAAAUAUCGAUUUUAUAGCAGUAAAAUCAUUCAGAUGUUCGACGUUAUCGAUUUUACCCAUUUAUGUUUAAAAUUACGAUUUGUAUCAUAUAAAAUAAGCAAGUCGUUUACCUUUAAACAGCUAAAACGCGGAACGAAUCAGAUUGUCGUUUGUUGAGAAGCAGCUGUUGCCAUAGUAACAUAAAGACAACACAAAAGCCGCCUUCUGUUCUUGACACGAGUUGCAACGACGCAUUACCUUAAAAAAUACAUAAUUAAGACUAGUUUUUGUCAAUAAGGCAUGAUGAUCCAAAGACAGGCCGUUUCUUAUUCAGAAGAUAAGCGGCUGUAAUCAUAUCCAGCUCUCAACGGGACAAAUGAAAUGCUCCUGCAACCAAAAAGGGAGUAAAGAAUAUGAUUGGUGAUUUAAUAGUGUCAUGGAGAAAUAUGAUAAAGUCCUGACUCUUGGCAGAGGAGGAGCAGGUGUUGUGAUGUUAAUGAAACAUGUGGACACAAAGAAAUUAUGUGCAGUCAAGAGAAUACAUGUGGACAGCUCUCGAAAAACAAAGACUAAAGAUGUUGUGUUGCAAGAGGCGGAUAUUCUCAGGAGCUUGAAGCAUCCUCAUAUUAUAACAUGGAUUGACACUUUCUUCGACGCAACUAAUGAGCACAUUUACAUUGUUAUGGAUUACUGUGAUGGUGGAACGCUGGACGAUCACAUUAAAGAGCAGAAGAGUGGAGAAUACUUUGCAGAAAGCAAAAUCAUGGACUGGUUUGUGCAAGUAGUCAUGGCCGUCAGCUAUAUCCACUCUGAAAAGAUCCUUCACAGAGAUAUCAAGCCUUCCAAUGUGUUGUUAACCAAAAGAGGUGUGAUUAAGCUUGGAGAUUUUGGAAUAUCAAAGAUCAUGAACCACACGCUCGAUAUGGCCUCCACCUGUGUGGGAACCCCCAGUUAUCUAAGCCCUGAACUCUGUCAAGAUGUCCCAUACAGCACCAAAUCUGACAUGUGGGCUGUCGGCUGCUUGCUAUAUGAGCUUUGCGCCCUCAAACCAGCUUUUGAAGCCAAAAAUCUCCUGAGUCUCUUUUACAAGAUCAUAAAAGGAGAGUAUAUCCAGAUCCCCGAGAGAUAUUCAGAAGACAUUCAUACAUUAAUUGAGAAAAUGCUGUCCUUGGUUCCCGAGAAUAGACCGAGUGCGAGCAGCAUACUUAGCAUGACCUACAUGCAGGAACAUCUGGGAAACUUCAUCGCGCAUCAGGAGAAGGAACUUACGAAGGUGAAUGUUGAAUCCAGACCUCAAACAAAAGAUGAUGUUAAUGUAGAAAUGACAUCGAUGGAAAGCAGAACAGAUAGUGCCUCGGCUGUCUCUGACAAAACAGAGACAUCAUGCUGUCCUGAGGAGGAAGUGGCCCAUGAAGGAACAGAGUCUGAUUAUUCAGAGGACUUUGACGAACAUGAUAGCUAUGCGUCCUCAGAGGAUGUUUCGAGGGAAGACGUGCCCUCCAGUCUUGCCAAUGUGGCUGAAGAGGCAUGUGAGGAACCUAGUGUUGUGUCUGAAGAUGAAGACGAAGACAUCUCUGACUAUCCAGAUGACUUUGAAGAAGCUGAGGAUGAUGACCUGGCUGACGUGGUCAGCUACGCCAGGGAUGCCAUGAACUGUGUUUCAGAGAAUGACAUGUUGGAUGUGGAACUGGAGCUCAAAGACGCAGAUGGUUUCUCUGUCACAAUGAAAAUGUUAAAAGAGAGAUACAUGGAGGAUGUUGGAGCCUCGGUCUAUGUGGAAAUCAGUGGGCACUUUCUAAACGGCCUCACGCCAGAAGACCUGGAGCCACAGUUUCAGCACAUGAUCGGGACAGACCAUCUGGAGACCUGCUACCUCAUUUUCAACCUUGACCAAGAGACCACAUGCUGAAUCAUGUCUGUUGAAUUUAGAGAAAGUCGUUUUCUGUCAUUCUCUAAUGAUGAACCUCAGCAAAUGCUGGAAUUGUAUGAAGCAUACAGAGUAUAUUAAGUACAGAGUUUUGUAAUAUAUGUAAUCGUACAUGAAUAAGUGACGUCUUAUACACAUUUGACAUUAAGAAAAUAGGACGUUUGCACUAAAAAUGAAGCACUCCUUUGAAAGUGUUACCUUGUAUAACCAGUAGGUGGCACUCUAUAGUAAGAAAACGUAUAGUCUGGUGUUAACAUACCAGUUCCGAAAAUAAGCAUUUCAUAGUCCCCCAUAUCGACACUAUUAGUCACAGGGACUGAAGUAUAAAACAGCUGCCUUUUAAAUUCACUAUGUAGUGAAUACAGAAAUUCAUUUUAUCAGUGGCACCCAGUCGACUACUUUUUCAAGUCAUUUAACUGAUUUUUUUGCCUACAGCUGAGAAAUGAUCUCUUAACAUAGCUGUUAAACAAUGCUUGCAAAUGUGAAAACAGUGGAAAAUAUCAUGUGAACAUUUCCUGCUGUGAUUUCACUCCAGUAUUGCGAUGUUAAAACAGAAGGCAUUUGCUGAAUUUGUAAAUUUAUGGGCCACAGCUGCAGUUGUUUUUCACUUAAGGCGUUUUCCCUUAAACUUGCCCAGAUUAUUCCAACAGAGAAUUAGAGAUAGAGAAACUGCCAUGUGUAACUGUAUGAAUGACCCUGUAUUAUAUUUCAUUUAAGAAUGUUCACAAUCUGCCUCUAGAGGAAAGUCUGUUAUCAAGCCAGCAUUAGCAUGGGAAAGCUGGAUCAAUUUUUUUGCCAGUAUAAGAUGACAUAGAUGUCCUCACAUAAUAGGGUUUUGGCUGUUGAUGGUCUUUGCACAUAAAAAAAACUGUAUUGAUUAUACUUAAAAACCUGUUCCCACAAAAUACAUUUAUUUUUUCAUGCUAUGUCCUGGAAAGAGUAAAGCACGGAUUGAGGAGUCAUUCAGGGUAGAGGUUUAAA